AUUUGGUUUGCUGGGCGGGAGCUGCUGUUCUGAGCUGCUGGUUAACUCCGUGAGCUGAGGAGUUGCAAUCUACGAUUCUCUACCGCUGGAUGUGCCGGAGAAACGAGAGACUUUCUGCAGCCAAGUAUCACAAAGCUCUUCUCUGCCUUCUCUGGGUGGCCGAUGGUAAAGCUCUGAGGAAGUGACUCCCAAUAGGAAGAGGCUCGUAUCUCACAGGAACCAUUUCAGCUUCAAGCAUCACCUACAACAUCAUGGCCAUCGUCCUCCACUCCAGCCCCCUCCUAUGGACACGGCUGGCGGCCCUGAUCUUCUCCUGCGUGGCCUUCUCCGUGGCCGUGCAUGGAGGCAGACUCUUCCACGGCACCGGAGACUGGUGCAUCUUCUGCUGGGCCUUCAGUUUCGCCGGGAGUCUGCUCGUCCUCCUGGUGGAGCUCUUCGGCCUUCAGACCAGAGCCCCUGUUUCCUGGAAGAACUUCCCCAUCACCUUUGCCUGCUACGCCGCCCUGCUCUGCCUGUCUGCCUCCAUCAUCUUCCCACUCUACUAUCUGAAGGGCUCGUCAGGCCCAAAUGAAGUCCGCGACUUCCGCAUCGUGUCAACCGUCUUCUCCUGCCUGGCAACCAUCGCCUACAUGACCGAGGUGAGCAUCAGCAAGGCGCGUCCCGGCGAGGUGGCUGGCUACAUGGCCACCGCCCCUGGCCUGUUGAAAGUCUGCGAGACCUUUGUGGCCUGCAUCAUCUUCGUCUUCGUCAGCGACCCCGUGUUGUACGACCGCCACGCUGCACUCCAGUACUGCAUGUCUGUCUACUGCAUCUGCUUCAUUCUGUCGGCGGCCAUCAUCCUGCUCUGCAUAGGCGAGUGCACCGGCUGCCUCCCCUUCCCGUUCGCACGCUUCCUGUCUGCCUACGCCCUUCUGGCUGUGGUCCUCUAUCUGUCAGCGACCAUUAUCUGGCCUAUCUUCAACUUUAAUCCCAGGAAUGGCGGCUCGAAAAAUAGGCCUUACAAUUGCAACACCAUGGUAGGGCUGUGUGUGUGGGAUAAGCUCAUGGCGGUGUCUGUUCUCACGGCGGUCAACUUCAUUCUCUACCUGGCCGACCUGAUCUACUCCACCCGCCUGGUGUUUGUCAGCGCUUGAGGGAAGAGAAAGGGUGUGAGGCCAGCAGUAUUCUCCAAAUAAAAUUGAAUUUGGCAGGUUCUCAGGUGGCUGUCGAACUGCUGUCGAAUACAGUGCUGCGAGCAAAUGACAAAUCACUGCGACUCCGGUCUGUUUGUUUAUUGGCAUCCAAAGCAGCUGGAGAAGCUUGUGGCUCAUGAUGGGAGCUGUAGAGUUAUACCACAACAUGUAUAGUUUACUGUAGUAUUGUAAUCUAGUUUGACUCCAUUUGUUGUUUUGAAAUUAGAAAACUAAAGGAUUUUAUUUCGCAGGAGAAGUAGAAGUGGUCCAAAGUACUGGUGUAAUGGUUGACCCAGGAUGUUCUGGAGAUAACGUAUCGAGUAUUCAAAGAGAUCGAUUAGUUCAGCGGGCUAACCUGGGAAAUCCUCCAAAUCCUGAGGGGCUCUUCUGUCCCCAGACAGUUUUGCCUCUGCAAACCUGCCAAAUUUGAUUUUGUGUAAAGUAUACUGCUUAGGGAGAGAGAAGAGGAAGAGCUGGAGGUCAAUGGCUAUGUUUACAAGUGCAACAAUAUUCCCUUAAAUUACCAAGGCUUUCGUUUCAUAAAUGUCAAACCUUGCAUCCGGUGACCUGGAAACACUCUCAUCUUGUUUAUGAGAGACCUGAAUGUGAUUGCUGGAUCUUUUUAAAUCCAUGUUUAGUAGCAGAUCAUUGUAAUACUCAAAAUACAACAUUAUUUCAUGCAGAGCUUUUCUGCACUCUUAAGAAGGAUACAAGCUAACGCCCAAAAUGCUCCGUGCAUGUAAACAUAGUCCGUAAAGACAAAUGAAGAAGAAACUGGCGGCUUAUUAUCGUGUUUUUGUUAAAUAGUUUUGCAUAAUGUGUGUGUCAGAUUGUGAUGCCAGUUAUAAACUGCCGAUCAGUAUUUCUCUUAAGCCAUAACAUUUUAAAUCCUACACUUUAAUUAAAGAACGUUUUUUCAUUUAAGGAAUUGAGAGCAGCUGAUCCGAUUGUGUCGUUCAUGUUAUUUUUACACGGCUCCAAUGUUGUCCGAUGUGAAGUAGAGCGAAAGCGUUUACAUGAUGUUAAGAUGAACGCUCAGCUAGCGUCAUGAUGUGUGUGUAUCUCUAUCUGCAAGCUGCAAUCAACGGUAAGAAUAUAUUCAAGAUUGUGGAGUUAAAAAACGAUGUUUAAUAUUAGUAUUUUCUAUGCACGUUUAAAUUUCUGGUGUCACCAAAUAUCAAAGCAUCUAUUAACACCAAAGUCACACCGCUACAUGGAUACAUGUCGUCGAUUGGGUCUAUUGGUUUUGUAAACAGAGAAAGAGACCAAAAGAGAUGCUUCUCUCUCUCUAGAUGUUGUUACUGUUUUAUUCUUCAGCUUUUUUUAUAUUCCACUGUUUCAAUUGUGCAUAUCACGUCAAUGUUGUAGGAACAAACGUAAUCCAGUGUUUCAAUAAAACCACAUGUUAAACAGA